AUGUCUACGGUUGAGCUUGCUUCACAAGAACAACAUCAGUCACAGAGUUCGAUAGAACAAUCAUUUGGUCCGAGAACCGAUGGUGCAAUUAUCCGAGCGAAGCAAAAAUGGAAUGACACUUCCGUCAACAAAUGGCGUCUACUGGCUACAUUUAUCAGUUUCGCAGUUCUCCGCGAGGACUAUAAGCUGUCUACUACAGUUGCCUUUUUGAUUUUCGUAACCCCGUUUGCCGGCUACACAGUUGCAACUAUCAUUGUGAAUAAGAUCCAUAUGACCUAUGGGCCGCGAGGCAUUGCGAUCGUCGGGCCACUUUGUCAUGCUAUUCCAUUUGUUAUUAUGGCAGUCCACCCACCCUACCCGGUGAUGUUGGUCGUCUACGCGAUUGUUGGAAUGGGAAAUGGCCUCAUCGAUGCUGCGUGGAAUUCCUGGAUUGCGGACAUGGUCAAUGCAAACAUCUUGAUGGGACUUCUCCAGGCGUUCUAUGGGCUUGGGGCAACGCUUAGCCCGAUCAUCGCGACUCAGAUGAUGAAAUCUGGCCUGCGCUGGAACUACUUCUACUACACCAUUCUCGGCGGCUCCGUCCUGGAGCUAAUGGCGAGUGUGGCUAUGUUUUGGCAUGAAAACGCGGCGAGCUUCCGUAUCAACAACAGCAGGAGUUCUAAUAGCAACGGUGGAAAUAGAACUAAGGAGGCCAUGAAAAGUCAUAUUACUUGGCUGAUGGCAAUCUGGCUCUUUGUUUACAUGGGUGUCGACUUGUCGGUGGGUGGCUGGAUUGUCGAUUUCAUGAUCCAGGUCCAUGGCGGGGCGCCAUACGAGUCUGGCCUGAUCCCUACUGGCUUUUGGGCCGGGGUCACUAUCGGGCGACCUGUUCUCGGUUUUGUGAAUGACUGGUUGGGCAUGUUAUCCCCAUUUCCGGGUCCCCUUGGUAAACGAGCGCUGACUGUGAAUGAAGGAGAGCGGGUUACUAUCACAAUUUAUCUCGCCAUCUCGAUUGCCCUGGAACUUGUCUUCUGGUUGGUACCAAAGUUUGUCAUGUCCGCAGUUGCAGUUUUCCUUCUCGGCUUCUUUACUGGACCUCUCUUCCCAGCGGCAAUUGUGGUGGCUGCCAAGCUGCUCCCAAAACAUCUGCACACUCCAAGCAUUGGGCUCGCAUCAGCAUUAGCUGGCGGUGGUGGAGCAAUACUGCCUUUUGUUGCUGGUGCUAUAUCUGGAGCGCGCGGUGUGCAGAGUCUACAGCCCUUUAUCCUCGCGUUGCUAGGCUCCUUGGUUAUUCUAUGGGUACUGAUUCCACGGAACAACCAUCACGGCCAUGGCCUCUGA